AUGUGGGCAGUGGACAAAUCCUUAGAGGCGGAAAUGUUGUUUCAGAAGUUUAAAGUGAGAUGGGAUGUGGAAGUUGAGUCCUGGAGAGCCAAAGUAAACGAUCCUAAUUUGUCGGAGAAGGAGAAGCCCAUCAGGCCGUCAUUGUACAGGGUAUUCGUAUCGCUCUUCAAGGUCGAUUUGAUUGUCAUGGCGUUACUUCAGCUGACUUUUGCCGCCUGUUCGAUUGGUGGCCCCAUGGUACUCCGCGAAAUCGUGAACUUCUUAACCGAUCCAACCAUUAGUAUGCAAACCGGUUACAUAUAUGCCGCGUUGUAUGGUCUGUUGCCCUUAUUAGGUACAUUGGCACAGGGGCAUGCUUUUCUGCGAGGGUUCCGACUGGGUAUGAAGGUCAGGGCUCUGAUGACGCUGUCUGUGUUCCGGAAAAGUCUGCGACUCAACUCAUCCAUUCGCCAGGACCCGACCAUGAGCCAGGGGCGUAUCACUAAUUUGAUGAGUAUAGACGCACAGAGUUUCAUAGAAUCGAUUCCCAUGAUACACAAUCUCUGGGUCUCGCCGCUCAUAAUCUUCGUCAUCAUUGGGUUAUUGUACGACAUUCUCGGUAAGUGA